GUGGGCUUCGGCCAAGAUCACCAAAGGGGCUGGCUGAGGAAUGUCCGGGGCGGCAGCAGCGCUGCCCAGCUCUGGGAUCCCGGCGGGUUCAGCUGCGGGCAGCGGCUGAGCGGGGCCGGCCGGCGCUCCCGGUGUGCCGGCGGUGCCGGAGAUCCCGGUGCUCCCGGUGGUGCCGGCGCUCCCGGUGUGCCGGAGCUCCCGGUGGUGCCGGCGCUCCCGGUGUGCCGGCGCUCCCGGUGGUCCCGGUGUGCCGGUGGUGCCAGAGGUCCCGGCGGUCCCGGUGGUGCCGGCGCUCCCGGUGGGCAGCAUGCACCUGUACAAGGCGGCGUGUGCCGAUAUGCCCCGGCCCCGGGCGGGCGGGCGGAGGGCAGGCGAGACCCCCCGGGCUCGGAGCGCUGCCCCCGGCUGGCCCCGACCCCGCAGCCCCCGCAGCCAGGGCAAACAGCUGGAGAGGUUCCUGCAGCUGCACGGGCUGGGCACCAGCGACAGCGCCCGCCAGAGCGGCACCAUGAGCUACAGCGGAUUGCUGCCCGCUCUAGAAGACCUCGCUUAGCGAUGCCGGCAGCGAUUUUUCCGGGCGGAUCUGCCUGAACGCCUGCCUUCCCUCCGAGCACAAAGGAGGCCCGUCG